UUAAGAACAAAAUCUUAUUGAGACAACAUCGAGACAAUAUUUCAUAACGUUAACUUAGUUGUUUACACAAAUUAAACAUGCCGAAACUUUGUGCAGCAAUUGGCUGUAACAACAGACAGUCGGAAAAAUCCAUAUUUUCUUUCCCCAAGGAUACAGAUCGAAAAAAGAGAUGGCUGAUAAAUAUAAGAAGGGCAGAUCUCUCCUUUUCCAUAUCAACAAGUGAUCUCACAGCUGGGGGAUAUGGGGUUUGUGAGGAUCAUUUCAACCCCAGCAUGAUUAUUCAAAUGAGCAAGAGGAAACGGCUAACUGAUGAGGCGGUACCAACAAUCAUCAACUGCCCAAAUCCUCCCAAAGGAAUGACUAUUAUGAGAUCUAUAUUGGACAGGACAGUUGCUGAUACUAUGGUUGCAAAUCCAUUUCAAGUAGAGGGGACAACCAUAGGAGACCAAGGCCACCGGGAAUCCAAUCUGGGUACAGAUGCUAGGGCAGAUGUCACUGAGCUACAAAAGCAGCUGCAAAAGGAAAGGGAGGACAAGCAGCUACUUGCACUGCAGCUCUGUGACUGCAGAAAAGACAACAAGUGGCUUAGAAAUAAAAUUAAGGCAUUGACAGUUUCCAAGAGCCGUCUUCAGAGGAGACUCCGCUCACAAAUUAAUGAUCUUAAAACAAAGCUGCAGGCUGAGCAAGGCAAGAUCAAGCUUUCCGACACACUGGCCACCCUUCCUCCACACAGCAGGGAAUUCCUCAUGUUUCAAGCAAAAGAGCAGAGGCCAAUGAGGAAAUGCAGGAAAUGUCCAAAAAAAAUCAAAGACAUGGCCUUGCAAAUAAUACACCAGAGUCCAGCAACCUAUAAAGUACUCAGAACAUACUUUUGUCUGCCCUGUCCAUCGACAUUGCGACGGUACCUGGCCAACAUCUUGGGGCAUUUCAAAAUCCUUGCUCCUGAUAUCCUGAUGUAUGGGUUGUAUUUCAUUAUAUGACUCCAGCAGAAAACUCACAGAAAGGAGAGUGGUGUCAAACUACAAGACAGCCAGCAUGCAAGCAAGGCCUUGAUUGUCCUUGUUUGGCUACUCAUUUGUCUACUUCCUGAAGAGGCUGAAGCAUGCUGGCCUUGACACCUCAGUCCUUGCUUCCAUUAACAGCUGUGUUAUGGAGUGCAUCCUCACAUCAUGGUCUAUUGCAGUGGUGGAUACAGAGGACAGUUGACAGGUUGUCAGCUGUUGUCAGGCUCAUCACCAAAGCAGAAAGACAUAGUGAGACCAGACAUGCCAGGAAGGAGCAAGGCACAGGCCAGGAAGGAGCAAGGCAAAGCCCGGGAAUUUUUCUGCAGCUGUUCCCGCCAGCUAUAGAAGGACUGCUCCUGAGAAUAGAUGGGUGUCUACAUUGUUUUGCAAAAUGGGUCUUCUACACAUGAUGCUUGUCAAGCACUGCUCAUUGACUGGCCAGGGGUCCUCUGUAUUGUGGCCACUGGUCAAAGGCGCCACGUGACUGUC